AUGGUAGGCUCAACUAUGUUUCACCUUCUUCUUUCGUCUUUUCUGCUCUGCAACUUCUUGCAGCUGCUGCAACCUGCCUAUGCCAUUAAAAAGUCGUACGUUAUAUACUUGGGAUCCCAUUCUCAUGGUCCGAAACCUUCCUCUGCUGAUAUGGACUUCGCCACAAGUUCCCAUUAUGAUUUACUUGCCUCCGUCUUAGGAAGCCAUGAAAGGGCCAAAGAAGCCAUCUAUUACUCAUACAACCGACACAUCAAUGGCUUUGCUGCAUUACUUGAAGAUGAUGAGGCAGAAAAGAUCAAGAAAAAUCCAAAAGUAGUGUCGGUGUUCUUGGGCCAAUCGCAUAAGCUGCAUACAACCAGGUCAUGGGGCUUUCUGGGGCAAGAAAGAAACGGAAGAGUCAGAGCUGACUCAGCUUGGGUCAAAGGAAGAUUUGGUCAAAAUGUGAUUAUUGGCAGCCUUGAUACCGGUGUUUGGCCAGAAUCGAAAAGCUUCAGAGAUGAUGGGUACGGUCCCGUUCCAAGGAGGUGGCGUGGAGGAUCAAAAUGCGAGCUUUAUAGUCUGUCUGGCCCCAACAGAACUCUCUGCAACAGGAAGCUGAUUGGAGCGAGAGCGUUCUAUAACGCGUACCAGAUAAAACACGGGAGGGUUACCGGUGUAAUUAGCGCACGUGACGUGGUGGGGCAUGGGACCCACACUCUGUCGACAGCAGGGGGCAACUUCGUGCGAAACGUGAGCGUUCGGAACAAUGGGAACGGAACCGCCAAAGGAGGAUCUCCAAGAGCUCGUCUGGCGGCGUACAAAGUUUGCUGGGGUCUUCACAAUGCUGAAGAUUGCGCCGAUGAAGAUACGAUUAAAGCUUUUGAUCAAGCCAUCGAUGAUGGUGUUGAUAUUAUCUCCGUUUCACUGGGUGGGAUUGCCGUUCCGAAUGUGAACGAUAUGUUGACCGAUGGAAUCUCCAUUGGAUCUUUCCAUGCGGUUUCCAGGGGAAUCAUAGUUGUUGCCUCCGCCGGUAACGAGGGACCAGAAUUUCAGACUGUGGCAAAUGUGGCGCCUUGGAUCUUCACCAUUGCUGCUGGCUCCAUUGACAGGGAAUUCAGCAAUAAUAUUACUCUUGGUAAUGGCCAAAUCAUUAAGGGCACAAGUAUUGAUACAAACUCGAGAUCUCAGAGGUUAAUUCCUGUGGUGAUUGCUGGCAAUGCCAGACUUCCUAACGUAACAUUUCAGGAUGCUCAGCUUUGCAAAGCUGGAACUCUUGAUCCUCGCAAAGUAAGGGGCCGCAUAGUAGUAUGCCAAAGAGGAAGGAGCCUCAGGCCUGUCGACAAGGGCCAAGAAGCAAACCGUGUACAGGCUUUGCAAAUGAUUUUACAAAAUGAUAAGCAAUUGAACACACGUACAGCCGAUGUUCAUUCUAUUGGUACUUCCAACAUUCCUUAUCCUCCUCCUCGCGAUCAGAGUGAGCCUAAAACGAAAAGCCACACCUAUUUCUCUGGAAACAAGAUGCCACUUGCAGCAAUGAGUAAUGCAAGAACAUUUAUACCAAAAAGGCCGGCUCCAAUAGUUACUGCAUUCUCAUCAAGGGGACCCAACAUGAUUCUUCCCUCAAUCCUUAAGCCUGAUGUAACAGCACCAGGUCAGGAUAUAAUCGCUGCUUAUUCAUCUGCCGCAAGUCCCACAAACCUUGAUUCAGAUCACCGUCGCUUUGACUAUAAUGCUUUAACGGGAACUUCCCAGGCAUGUCCUCAUGUUUCGGGCAUUGCUGGUCUAAUUAAAAAUCGCCAUCCUAGUUGGAGUCCUGCAAUGAUAAAGUCAGCAAUCAUGACCACGGCAAGCACGAUGGAUAAUACCAAUGGACCGAUUAAGGACGAACAAGAUGGUGGCGUAGCAACUCCAUUUCAUUAUGGCACAGGAUAUGUCAGACCCAACCUUGCCAUCGACCCUGGACUUGUUUAUGAUCUCAAAACUUUUGAUUACCUCAACUUGUUAUGCUUCUCUUUUUACGAGGAAAGAAUAAUUGAAGCCAUUAAUUAUAAUAGGCCAUACAAAUGUCCGAGGUUUUACAGACUAGAAGAUUUCAACUACCCUUCCAUCACAUUGCCUUUUCUGGGUGUGAAACCUGUCAAUGUUACUCGUAUAGUAACAAAUGUUGGGCCUCCAAGUACAUACACUGUAAAUGUGAAACCCCCAACAGGAUUUAAGGUUGUUGUUAUUCCAACAACUUUAACCUUUCAGAGGACAAACCAGAAGAAGAGCUAUAUGGUUAUUGUGCAGGCAACACGUUCGGCCAAAACUUUAGAGCCUUUAUUUGGAGAGUUGACUUGGAGUGAUGGCAAGCAUAAAGUGAGAAGUCCUAUAGUGAUUCCUCCAUGAGAAAAUGGCUACGUAGAUUUCAAUGUUACCAAUCCACUGUGUUUGUGUAAAAGUGUGUGAGGCAGUAGUGUUAAUUAGUGUGUGCUCAGAUGCGUGUGAAUGUACUCAUCUUUGUCUUAUUACAAUAACAA